CUUCCCUUUGUAAAUUGUUUUUAUUUUCUUAAAGGAACAAAAGGAGAAAAUUGAUACCAAAGAACAUCCAUUCCUGGUUCUUGGCAGAAUUCCCACCACCUUCGGUAGAAGUUGCAUUUCGGAAUGAAGGGUCCCAGGCUGAUGGGGGUGCUGCUCACCCUGACCGCUGUGCUGCCUGUGGUCCUGCCCCUGAGAAUAGCAGCUUUCAACAUCCAGACUUUCGGGGAGACCAAGAUGUCCAAUGCCACCCUCUCCACCUACAUCGUGCAGAUCCUGAGUCGCUACGACAUUGCUGUGGUCCAGGAGGUCAGAGACAGCCACCUGACGGCCGUGGGGAAGCUGCUGGACAGACUGAAUCAGGAUGGCCCCAACACCUAUCACUACAUAGUCAGCGAGCCACUGGGUCGCAGCAGCUAUAAGGAGCGCUACCUCUUUGUAUUCAGGCCGGACCAGGUGUCGGUGCUGGACAGCUACCAGUAUGACGAUGGCUGCGAGCCCUGUGGGAAUGAUACCUUCAGCCGAGAGCCGGCUGUCGUCAGGUUCUCCUCCCCAUUCACCCAGGUCAAGGAGUUUGCCAUCGUCCCCCUGCACGCGGCCCCACUGGAUGCAGUGGCUGAAAUCGACUCUCUAUAUGAAGUCUACCUGGACGUCCGGCAGAAGUGGGGCAUGGAGGACAUUAUGUUGAUGGGUGACUUCAACGCUGGCUGCAGCUACGUGACCCCUUCGCAUUGGUCAUCCAUCCGCCUGCGCACAAUCCCCACCUUCCAGUGGCUGAUUCCCGACACCGCUGACACGACGGUUACGUCCACGCACUGCGCCUACGACAGGAUCGUGGUCGCCGGAACUCUCCUCCAAAAUGCCAUUGUUCCCAACUCAGCUGGCACCUUUGACUUCCAAGCUGCGUAUGGACUGAGCAACCAGACUGCCCAAGCCAUCAGUGACCACUACCCGGUGGAGGUGACGCUUAAGAGCCUGACAAGAGCAGGCCCGGGGCCGCGGCUGGACACCUCUAGCUUCUCUAGCGUGCCUGUGGCUGCUCCUGGGGACCUGCACGAAGAACUGAAGACGACGGCUGAUCCUGUUGUCGCCUUCAGGUUCUGGGGAUGGAGUUUAGGAAACGAGUGCGAGUUCCCUGAGCACAGGGCCCGCGCCCCCUCUCCCCUCCCUACUGUCCCCCUGACCACUAUCCCAGCUUGAGGAAGGGGAUGGAAGUAGGCUUUUUCGCACUGUACCUGCAUCCAUUGUAGCAUGGGGUUGUGGCACUGGAGUAACUUACCCUGCUAGUAUGCACAGAGUCCAGCAUUUAGAUGAAGAAAUACCUUUUAAUUUAAGUAAAUAAAGCACUAAAGGGGGUGUUCUCA